UCGUUCUUUUUCUAUUAAAUAAAGAUCCUUGCCGGAUAGGUCCUUUAUAAGAAGAUGCGUUUAAUAAGUCUCCUACUGAUCACACUGAUCUGUGCAGGUGCCACAAUUUGGUCAGCAAACGCCCUGCAAUGCUAUGAAUGCAUUGGCAAAGAAUGCGAUGAAUUGACCGAAGAGCAUUUGGUUAGUUGCAAUGUAGAUAAUGAUCCCGUAACCACGCCAUCAGAUGAGACGGACUCAACAGAUGACACAACGGAUAAAUCUACACCAAGUGCAACUUCUUCCACUACAAAUGGCGUUACGACUUCAUCUCCGGGAACAACAACGGGAACAACGGGAACAACUGAUGCCGAUACGACAACCACAACUGAUGAAGGAUACUCCUCAACAAUUGAAGAUGAAUCUUCUGUGUCAACUGAUGAUGACUCCUCUUCGUCCAACACCACUGAUGAUGACUCUUCAACUAAUACUGAAUCCUCAACAUCCGAUACAACUGAAGACGACUCUUCUUCGUCAAGUAAUGAUGACUCUUCUUCGUCUAGCACAACUGAAUCCACUUCGGAAAGUUCACCAAAUACUGAAUCCUCAACAUCCGAUACAACUGAAGAUGACUCUUCUUCAUCAAGUAACGAUGACUCUUCUUCGUCCAUUACAACUGAAUCCUCUUCGGAAAGUUCACCAAAUGCUGAAUCCUCAACAUCCGAUACAACUGAAGAUGACUCUUCUUCGUCAACUAAUGCUGACUCCUCUUCGUCCAACACAACUGAUGAGGACUCUUCAACUAAUACUGAAUCCUCAACAUCCGAUACAACUGAAGACGACUCUUCUUCGUCAAGUAAUGAUGAAUCUUCUUCGUCCAUCACAACUGAAUCCGCUUCGGAAAGUUCACCAAAUGCUGAAUCCUCAACAUCCGAUACAACUGAAGACGACUCUUCUUCGUCGAGUAAUGAUGACUCUUCUUCAACCAUCGUAACUGAAAGUGAAUCCCCUUCACAAAGUUCAAUAGAUGCUGAAUCCUCAACAUCCGGUAUAAUCGAAGAUGACUCUUCUUCGGCCAGUUCCGGUGCUUCUGAGUCAUCCUCGGCUUCCUCUGAGACGAGUUCAUCUGGUGCUGAAACUACUGUGGGAUCAACCGAAGCUCCGGUAACAAGUCGGGCAAAACGAUCUCUCGCUGCAAGGGCCACCGAUCGAUUGCUACAAAACUAUCGUUCCUAUGCACGUUAUAGACGUGAUGCAGAAGGCCAAAUACGAACCACUGCCUGCUACAGUAUUGUGAAGGACAAUGUGAUUCAACGUGGUUGCAUUCGUAUUCCCUAUGGAAAAGGUGGAUGUGAAGCGGUGCGUAUUGAGGUUAAUCUUGCAGCUGAUUCCAUUGGCGAUGAGUGCGAUGUCUGUCAAAUGGAUAAAUGCAAUAGCAGCACCAGUCUUCGACUUUCUCUAGGUCUGAUGCUGCUCGGCCUUAUCACAUUUGGUCUAAGGAGCCUGUAGAAUGGAAGAACUAUAUUUUAUAUACUUUUACUUUCAAUUUAUGAUUUCUGUAAAUAAAUAUUAACUUAUAAUAACAACUAA